CUGACGUCACAAAAAUUCCUUAUGUAUUGUGUUGAAAAUCGUUGUCAUUUAUGUAAUAGAUGAUUUAAAGAUAUACUCUCGUUGAAUGUAUUUUAUCGUUACUAUCUGACUAGCUUAAAGCAUUGUUUGGAUAUCAUGUAACUUCACUACUGAAUUAUUUCAGUAUUUGCAUUUUUUUUUCAUUCAUAUAAAAUUUAAAAAACACAAAACUAGUAUGAUCAACAUGCAAUGACAGAUAUAAAUGUACAUGUAGUAGAUGUUAUCGGUAUAAUAUUAUGAGUUGCAGUAGAUACUGUUUAAUCAAAUAAAGUGGUAAUCAUAAACAGGUAAGUACAGAAAUCAGUGGGAAAGUGAAAUACCUUUUAUCAAUGCACUCCCAGUACGACAGAUAACGUGUUUUCUGUUUGUUUGUUUUUUUCGAAAACCACAAGCUUGAAAUGGGGUUUAAAUAUCGUUAUGCUUCAAUGGAUGACUGAGCACGAACCACGACACUAUGAGUAACUAUUACGCAUUAAAACCCUCGGAAGCCCCAGAUCUUUCCAGUGUCGUGAAACCCCAUCAAUGACUUUCCACAAUCAACAUUUCAAAACGAAAUGGAUAUUAUUUUGAGUUUUGUUCUUUUAACGGAAUUGUCUUUAUCAGCGUGUUCCUUUGUUAACAUUGCGCUGAAUAGACCUGCACGGCAGCAACACCCGGUAACCGGUAAGCCUUGGGGUGCUGACCGGGCGGUUGACGGGCGGUAUUCAGACCUGUCUAUUACUGGGGGACAGUGUACGAUUACUGAAUACGGACACACAACGGCGACUUUGCACGUGGACUUGGGAGGAGUCCACAGUGUCCAUCACAUCUUUAUACAAUACAGAACAGAUAAUAUCGCCUGGAAUGGUCAACAUCCGUACACUGCAAGAUUUCUUGGAUUUUCUGUUUACUUAUCAAAUACAAUGGACAUUAAGGACGGGGUUGUGUGCUUUCAUGACACCAAAUAUACAAGAGAAACGAUCCCUAACCCUACCAAUAUAACAUGCCCUAAGGACACGUACGGGAGAUAUAUUAUAUAUUAUAACAACAGGACUCACCCCCCGAUUCCAGCCGACUACCACCAAUUCGCUUUCAACGAGUUGUGUGAAUUGGAAGUAUAUGGAUGUCCAAGGUCAGGGUUUUAUGGAGAGAAUUGUUCAUUACCUUGCUCUCAGUAUUGCCAGGGGGAAAACUGUAACCUUAUUGAUGGGACGUGCUCUGUUUGUGUUGAUGGAUACACAGGAGCCAAAACAGCAUGGCAGAAAUAUCCUUAUUCUUAUAAACAAGAAUGGGGAGCGAAUCGUGCUGUGGACGGGCGGAAAUCUGAUCUGUCUGUUUUUAAAGGACAGUGUGUGAUUUCAGCAGACAGAAAAUUCACAGCAGAAUGGUUCGUAGAUCUGGGAGAAAUGCUCAGUAUACAUCACAUCUUCAUACAGUACAGGACGGACAACAAUGUUUGGGACGAAAGUAACGCAUACACUGGUAGAUUCUUGGGAUUUUCGGUAUACAUAUCGAACACAACGAACAAAGAUGACGGGACAUUAUGUUUUAAGGACACCAGCUAUACCAGAGCCACGAUACCUAAUCCUACAAACAUAUCGUGUAUCACACACGGAAGAUUCGUCAUCUAUUACAACGACAGGACCCACCCUCCGUAUCCUGCUGGGUAUUCUAUGUUCGCAUUCAACGAACUCUGUGAAGUGGAAGUGUAUGGGUGUCCUGUUAUAGGAUAUUACGGAAUGAAUUGUUCGUUACCAUGUCCGCUGAACUGUCAGGAAGGUCACUGUAACAUUGUAGAUGGAACGUGUUUAGGUUGCAUUGCCGGUUUCAUUGGAUCGCAAUGUAAUAAAGAGUGUGAUGGAGGCAAGUUUGGUCAAGACUGUAACAACAAAUGCGGGAACUGCUCGCAGAAUGAACAGUGUCACCAUAUUAACGGCUCCUGUAUGAACGGGUGUAAUCCGGGGUAUUAUGGAUCCUAUUGUUCAAAAAAGUGUGAUGGAGGCAAGUUUGGUCAAGACUGUAACAACAAAUGCGGAAACUGCUCGCAGAAUGAACAGUGUCACCAUAUUAACGGCUCCUGUAUGAACGGGUGUAAUACGGGGUAUUUUGGAUCCUAUUGUUCAAAAAUUGAGGAUGAUGGAAACACGUCGAUUACUCUGUAUUUUACGAUAGCAACUUUUUCUGUCUCAAUUGUGAUCAUCAUCAUACAGUUUAUCUAUAUAAUCAUACGGAGCAAACAAAGAAAAAAACAUAAGAGGAGAAAAACAUAUGAACAAACCAGAAACGAAAACGUGUUUACACAGGAUAUUGGUGGUUACGAGUCGAUGCUUAGUGGACCCGAGGACAACUACCAGGAAUUAGCCACAGUUACUGCACAUUGA